AUGGAAAUAUCUGCAAUCACCACCCUCGUCAACCAAGUCUUCUUCUUUUUCCUUCUCUUUUCACAGUCCCGGAAUGCCAGAAUUGCUUUUUCUCGCUUUUUCGGACGCCUAACGGCGCCUAAGUCCAUUACUCAGAGGGCCCCCAACCCCCUUCUCCCUUUGAUGGGUAUGUGCUCAUGUCCGAUUGUCACGAGGUUUGGUGAAGACGGUGUGGGGCUAUCUUUCCCUGAGGCUAUCACUUUAUCACAAUGUCGUCCAGUUGUACUUCAAUUGAUUCGCAUUACCCCUCCUCUCGGACAGAUCCUCUCCAGACACAAACAAGCACGCAUUGCACACUCCUCACAUGUACACACACACACACGCAGGGACAUGUAUUUGUUUCCUGUCGUCUGUUAUGUUUUUCCCCUGUCACUGACACGAGCUGGACAAAACGGAGGCUUCAGACUCGAGGCUCCCAGUUUGAUUGGUCUCUCAGGCCCUGAGUCCCUUACGUUGAUCGGGGAGCCACGAAAAUGCAUCGAAAUAAGAGUGUUAAAUCUACCGUCUUGA